ACAAUAGAGUUGCACACACAACAAACACAAGUAGGCCACAUCAAAAUGAAAAUGGUUCAUGGUGCAUUGUUUUUGCUGGCUGCAGUGGCCACGUUCCACGUGUCAUCGGAGGCGGAAGCUCCGCCCCUGGCACCGGAGCUCUCCGCGGCGGCUAGAGAGUUCUUGGAGGCGCACAACCAAGCGAGGGCGGCGGUGGGGGUGGAACCGCUGCGGUGGAGCGAGCAGCUGGCGAACGUGACGAGCAAGCUGGCGCGGUACCAGCGGGACAAGCUGGGGUGCCAGUUCGCGAACCUGAGCACCGGCAAGUACGGCGCGAACCAGCUCUUGGCAUGGGGCACGGCGGUGACGCCGCGCAUGGCGGUUGAGGAGUGGGUGAAGCAGAAGCAGUUCUACAACCACGCCGACAACUCCUGCGUCCCCAACCACCGGUGCGGCGUCUACACGCAGGUUGUGUGGAGAAAGUCGCUUGAGCUCGGGUGCGCUCGAGCGACGUGUGUGAAGGAACAGGCUAGCUUGACCAUUUGCUUCUAUAAUCCUCCUGGGAACUACAUUGGAGAAAGCCCAUACUAAACACUUAUCAUUUAUCAUCUUAUGCUUAGACAUGUUUGGAUACACCAGCCACUAGAAGUAGAAGUGCUUUCAAGAGCGUCUCUCCUAAAAAUUUUUUAUAUAUUUUUAAUAGAAAAACUUUCAAAAGUACUUUUGACUUAUAUGGUAGCAUGUUGUUAAGAUUGUUCGGAUAUAAAAACAUUAAAUGUUUUUUUA